GGACUGACUUUUUUUUAGGAGGAGACAACAAGUCGACAUUUAACAGUAGUCCAUCUUUUUUUUCCCCUCUCUCUGGUCUACGUCAGUUGCUCUCUUGUCCAUCCAGAGAACAAAAACACGCACAUCUCCAGGGGACGCGUGGAAAGGAAGGAAAGAGAGAGAGAGAGAGCGAGCGAGAGAGAGAGCGAGAGAGAGAGCGAGAGAGCGAGAGAGAGAGCGAGAGAGAGAGCGAGAGAGCGAGAGAGAGAGAGAGAGAGAGAGAGAGAGAGAGAGAGAGAGAGAGAGAGAGAGAGAGAGGUUGGCUUUCUCUUUGUACUGGAUAAAGAAGAGUUGACUGCCUUUCUUUUUAUGUAAGCUGAGUCUGCAUGCUGUAAGUAGGCCAAUAAGCCGGUUACUCUUUUUACGUGAGAGUCUUUCUUCUUCAGCCCGGACGACAAAGGCAACUCGUCAUUUUUUUUAUCUCGCGCUAAAAGACAAGAAUCGAGCGUCGAUCGCCUCGUGGCUGUCCCCCUCUUUUAGCACCUCCGGCCCGGGGGGGUUGGAUUGGAUCUUUCUCUUCCGCCGAAACAGAGCGACCAUGGCGGCUGUCACCAGCCCGGAGACGAGCCCUCAGCCCCGGGUGUACUUCCAAACGCCGGCCGGCAACACGGAGGAGCCCGAGACCCCGGUUCGCAAGCAAGGACGCGUCACCGUCAAAUAUGACCGCAAGGAAUUGAGGAAAAGACUCAACCUGGAGGAGUGGAUCAUCGACCAGCUAACGGACCUCUACGAUUGCGAGGAGGAGGCCAUCCCAGAACUUGAGAUCGAUGUGGAUGAAUUGCUGGAUAUGCCGAGUGACGUGGAACGGGCCGCCAGGGUCAAGGACUUACUAGUGGACUGCUUUAAACCCACUGCGGACUUCAUCUCGGAGCUCCUGGACAAGAUCCGAGGGAUGCAGAAGCUUUCUACGCCUCAGAAGAAAUGAUGGCACCUCUCUUUUAGUUCCAUCAUCCACCGCUCAUCAACCACUCGUUGUCUUCCUCUCGCCUCUUUUGUCACUCAAGUCGUCAAGUGCUAAAGUUGAAGGGAAGACUUGUCAUAUUUUAACCCGUCGGGUCAAACAACCACUUUGUUAUCUGCUCUGUUUGUUUGGAGGUCAUUUUUCUACGUCCUUGCAGAGUUUAGGGCGGUGAUCUUUACUGUACACCACCAAGGCCUCUCUUUUUAAAGCCCCCGAGAUGCUUUUAAAGACUUGCCGAAAAAUCGGAACUCUGAUCACCAACACAUGCUGUAUUUUUAGACCAGCGUCGUAAAAAAAAAAAAAAAAUAGAAAGUCGUACUGUAGAUGUGGCUGAAGUAGGUUUUCUUAAAUUCUGGUGUGUUUUUUCACAGUGGGCCUGCGUAUACUCUGGUUGCUCAAUGUUUCAAUCAUCAUAGCAUAUUUUUUGUGUUCUGUAUGAGAAAGUUGAUUUUUAGUUAAGGACUGGUUCCUCUUUUUGUUGUUGUUUUUUUUGUUCCCUCAACUAAGAUGCCUUUUUUUAUCCCUUUUCUUGCUACUCCUUUUUUGCCCUGUUAUUGUUUUGUGCUCAGCUCAUCGUGGUUAAAAAUUGUUUUUUUAAAUUUUUUUUUUGAGAGGGGGGGGGUGAAAAUUGUCACCGGCGCUGCGUGGUGAUUCACGAUGUCAUCAAAGUCACCAAUUGGGUGAAAUUCUAAAUAUUUUGAAUGCACCCCCCCCCCCCCCCCCCCCGCCAAACGCGUGAACAAACAGCUGUUUCGAGCCGCAGCUGCCGAUUCUAUCCGAGAAUGAGCCAUUUGUCUCGCGUCUGUCCGAUUCCGAGACUGAUCGGCGGCCAAUCGGAGAAGCACAAACGUUUCGCUGUAAUUCCCGUGACCAAUCGCCAACACCUGUGACAGCAGCAGGACAACGGCGCCGUUUCACUCGAGUCCUCGCCCUCCUCCAUUUUCCAUCCACUUGCUGCUCGUCACGUUUUGUUUUUCUUUAAGAAACAGAUGUUGCCUUAGAUAUUAUUUAUGUUACACAAACCAAAUAAAUGGAAGACUUUUUUUUUUAAUUUUAUUAAGUGUAAAGUGUGUGACUCAGCAUUUUUUUUAAAUGAUAUUCUUAUGUUUUUAGUUUUAAGAAAUGAGUGUUUAAUACUUAGGCCUUGAUGCAGUGAUCCUGUGUAGAUCAUGUUUUUUGACAUUUAGCAUUCUAAUAAUGUUUUUAAGGCGAUCAUGAAAUGUCUUUCAUGCCAGGUCUUGGAUUUAAACAAACAAAAAUCCAGUCAAAUGCUGUUCCUGGUUGUGAUUGCUUUUGCCCUCCUUGUGUCUUGCCUAAACUUGCUGUUUGCGGGAAAAAAAUGUUCUUAGACUGAAUCAUGUCGAUUGUACUACAAGUAGAGGAAAAGUCAAUCAGAGUGUUUGAGUGGAUUCAGAAUCUCGGUUUGGAUCUGGGUUUUUGUAGAUUUUUUUUUGGAGAAAAUUGCAAAAAGAAAGAAACUAGAACAUACUGAAUAUUGUCAUUGAGGCUAAAUCGAAGAGCUAAACAUUGAAGAAAGCAGCUUGUGAUUUUUUGGGACGAUUGAAUCAAACCAACAAACAAAUGUAGCAAUAUCACCAAUAGGUCUUGUUUUUUUUGUUCAAUUUUGUUACACUUUUAUGCAACUUUAAUAAAAACAUGUGAAAUUGAAA